AUGGGUAGUGAAGAAGCAGAUGCAGAUGCUGGCACGCUGAUCCAAAUGCGUGGUACGGCACAAGGCAACAUCACGCGCAUAAGGAACAUCUUGCUUCAAGCCGAAGCUGACCAGACUGAGAUCCCGUCAGCUCAAGUGAAAGUGUACAUUCGGAAGGUGGAAAGCAGCUACAACGAGUACCAUCAGUUCCACCAGCAAGUAGUGGCGUGUCUUCCGCCAGGUAAGCAGGAAGAGCAGAAUGCGAAAUUCUCGCACUUCGAAACGUUGCACGAGGAAGUGUCAAUCAUGCUCGAAACCCUUCUCGAGCGGUUGGUUGCACCGACAGCAAUGAUGCCAGCACAACCUGCAGUGAAUCAGCAACCAGUGAUCAUCCAGCAAUCCCUUCCUCGUACCAUUCCCACCUUCGAUGGAAGGUACGAGAACUGGGAACGAUUCAAGAUCAUGUUCCGCGAUGCAGUCGAUCGAACGAAUGAAGCUCCACGGAUCAAGUUGUAUCACCUUGAGAAGGCUCUCGUCGGGAAUGCUGCUGGAAUAAUCGACGUAAAAACGAUCAGCGAUGGAAACUACGCCCACGCCUGGGAAUUACUGGAAGAAAGGUUCGAGGACAAGCGAAGAAUGAUCGACAUCCACAUCGCUGGUUUGCUGGGAUCGAAGAAACUUUCCAAGGAGGAUUUCGGUGAGUUGAGAACUUUGGUCGAAUCCAUCAAUAGCCAUGUGGAAAACUUGAAGUUUCUUGGCCAAGAGCUAACUGGUGUCUCCGAACUCAUCAUCGUCCACCUGAUCUCUCGUGCUCUGGAUCCGACAACCAAGAAACAGUGGGAGUCGACUAUCAAGCGAGGAGAACUGCCAAGCUACGAGGAUACUAUCCAGUACUUGAAAGACCACGUUUCAGUACUGGAGAGGUGCUACACCACAACCAACGAAGUCAAGAACCUACAAGCAACUGGUAAAUCAGCGAGGAAGCAAGCAUAUCCCAAGGCCAACGCAGCGACAGCUUCUCCAGCAUCAGAUCCUAGAUGUACCAUGUGUGACGGAGACCAUGCUACAUACAAGUGCUCAGUGUUUAAUGGCUACAGUGUGAGUGAAAGAUUGUCGCGAGUAAAGGAGAAGAAUGCCUGCUACAAUUGCUUGCGCAAUGGCCACGGUGUGAAGAAUUGCCCAUCGAAGAAAGCCUGUUCAAGAUGCAACAAGAGGCACCACACGCUUCUCCACCUGGAAAAGCCGGCAGAACAACCCAGCAGAACGAAAUCUUCAACGAACUUGAACGCAACAACCAGUGUUCCAGGACCCAGCAACAAUGCUUCGGGGAACGGAAGUCUCGACCAUCAGCCAUUAGUAACAGCAGCACAUUCCAGCAAUCCGACGAAUCCAGCGAGUCAGGUGGUGUUGCUCACUGCCCUUGUCAACGUCAUGGACCAUCAAGAGCGGCCUCGUGUGUGCAAAGCCCUGCUAGACUGCGGAUCCCAGAUUACUGGACACGUUCCGUCGGUCAAGAUAAAUUUGGAGAAUUGGGAAAUUCCUCAUGGUCUAAAACUGGCUGAUCCAUCCUUCCAUGAGCCUAGCCAAGUUGAUUUGCUCAUUGGAAUGGAUUGGUUUUACGAAAUUUUGAAACCAGGUUGUUUGAAAUUGAACGACAACCUUCCUAGUCUUCAUGAUUCCAAAUUAGGUUGGUUAGUUGGGGGAAAGCUAUUAGAGAGUUCAAUGUCCAAUCUUGCACUACAUUCCUGUGCUGUUCGUGUUGAUCCAGUGGAAGAGCUGAUGCAGAAGUUUUGGGAGGUAGAAAGUGUGUCAACAGAGGAUGUUGUUUCCAGCGAGGAAGAGCAGUGUGAAGCACAGUUUGCUACAACCUAUCGUCGAGACAACACUGGUCGUUUCAUCGUUCAACUCCCAUUGAAGGAUGUCGCUUCGCAGCUGUCGGAUUCCCGCACCAUGGCUUUGCGAAGGUUCUACAUGCUCGAGUCGAAACUGCAACGCCAUCCGGAUUUGAAAGCCCAGUAUGAUGACUUCAUGGACGAGUACGAAACCCUCGAACACUGUCGAGAAGUUAUGGAACGUGAUGACCCCCCUGGACUGUUGAAAUGGUACCUGCCUCACCACGCCGUUCUACGCCCUUCUAAUACAACAACCAAAUGCCGCGUUGUUUUCGACGCUUCCGCAAAGGUUUCUGGUCUGUCACUCAAUGAUGUCUUGAUGAUAGGCCCCACUGUGCAAAGUGAUCUUUUGUCCAUCAUCCUACGUUUUCGAAAGUACCGCUACGUCAUGAGUGCAGAUGUGUCCAAGAUGUAUCGUCAGAUUUCGGUAGAUCGUGAUCACACUCCACUACAGCGGAUUUUUUGGAGGAAGUCGUCCGACGAUCCAUUACGUGUUCUUGAGCUCUCAACUGUGACCUAUGGCACCGCAGCAGCGCCCUUCUUGGCUACUCAGGCUCUUCUGCAGCUUGCACGUGAUGAACGAGAAAGGUUUCCACUGGCUUCUUUGGUCGUCGAGAAGAAUAUCUACAUUGAUGACGCUCUUUUCGGUUCUGAUGACUUUUACCAGGCGUGUGAAAUUCGAGAUCAACUGAUAGCCCUAUUAAAGGCUGGCGGUAUGCACCUUCAUAAGUGGUCAUCCAAUACCGGCCGACUACUGUCCCCCAUUGCUAGCGACGAUAGAUAUAGGUGUGUUUCAUUCAGUGACAAUGAGGUCAACGAAGUUAUUAAGACGUUAAGAGGAUUGAUGUGGAAUCCUUCAACUGACGAUUUUUUGUUUUGCUCAUCAGCUCCAUCCCAGGUCAACCGACCCACUAAGCGUCAGGUACUAUCCGAAAUCGCCAAGAUUUAUGAUCCUCUUGGGCUAAUUUCUCCUGUAGUCGUGUUGGCUAAAAUAGUCAUGCAAAAGUUGUGGAUUAGUAAACUGAAAUGGGAUGAUACAUUAGAUGGCAGCCUUCUGGAGGAGUGGAGAAAAUUUCUAGCAGCAUUGCCAUCGUCGGAGCAAAUUCAUAUCCCACGUCAAGUGUUACUAUCCCGUGCCGUUAGCUACGAGCUGCAUGGCUUUGCGGACGCCUCGCAACGAGCAUAUGGAGCUUGCGUGUAUUAUGUUCGUACGGAUCUUAAUCCCGCUGAUACAGUCACUCGAGGGCAGUCCGCCAACGACUUGAUCAUUAACGACCAAUGGUGGAAUGGUCCACCCUAUCUACGCAUCAUCGACUAUCGUGAAGAACGGCCAAAAUCGCUACAGGAAUGUGAAAUACCGGAGCUGAAAGCAGACAUGGCCGCACUAUCGGUGAUGAAAUACGACGAGUUCCCGCUAUUAACUAAGUUCGCUUCAUUUCGGAAGACACAGCGCAUCGUAGCCUACAUGCUUCGGUUCCUGUCAAACGCUAGAAGGAAGAAGGAAGAUCGUUUGGCGUCCAGGUACCUUACCAUUCCAGAACUUCGAACCGCUUCAAACGUUAUAGUCGGAGCAAUCCAGCACCAGGAGUUCUCCAAGGAAAUUGAGUGUGUGAGAUCAAAUGUUCCUAAUCAUCGUCUUAACAAUUUGAAGCCAUUUUUGGAAGGAGAUUUGCUGCGAGUUGGUGGACGGCUGAGUCAUUCUCAGCUCCCAUUUGGAGUGAAGCAUCAGUUAAUCCUACCUAACAAGAGUCCCAUUGUGCACCGUUUGAUUGCUGAAGUUCAUCGAGAGAACUACCACGCUGGUUGUACCAGUGUGCAUUAUCUUUUACGACAACAGUUCUGGUUGAUCAACGCAAGAUCAACGAUUCGAAAGGUUCUGAGAAACUGUGUAACCUGUUUUAGAACCAAACCCAUUACUAUCGAUCAGCAGAUGGGAGAUUUACCACCAAGUCGGAUUACUCCAGCACCAGUCUUUGAGAGGGUAGGACUUGACUUUGCAGGUCCCAUUUUCGUCAAGCAAUCGGUGCGACGAGCAGUUCCAGUUAAAGGGUACAUCUGUGUUUUCCUGUGCAUGGUGACGAAAGCCAUUCAUUUGGAGGCCGUCGAAGAUUUGUCAACGGAUUCGUUCAUGGCCGCCCUUCAACGCUUCGUAUCCAGGCGAGGAUAUCCAAAGCAGAUGUUCAGUGACAAUGGCACAAACUUCAUCGGAGCGAGAUCUGCGUUGAAUGAGUUAUAUCAGCUGUUUCAGCAGGAGGCUACCCAGAAGAAGAUCUUUGAAUAUUGUCAAGCGAAGCAGAUCGAAUGGAGGACAAUACCCCCAAACGCCCCACACUUCGGGGGACUUUGGGAGGCCGGCGUGAAAAGUGUGAAAACAGUGCUGAAAAAGGUUUACCAGACAACCUCUUUAACGCUUUCCGGACUAUCCACCCUAUUGUGCCAGAUAGAAGCAAUCCUCAACUCGAGACCAUUAUAUUCCCUAUCUAACGACCCGACGGAACCAGAAGCUUUGACCCCUGGACAUUUCAUCAUUAAUCGCCCGUUAUUGGCUAUUCCGGAGCCAUCUGUGGAAGGCGUUCCUACAAAUCGAUUAUCCCACUGGCAGCACAUCCAACAGCUUCGAGAACAUUUCUGGAAGCGAUGGUCGAGAGAAUACCUCAACGAGCUACAAGUGCGCGGAAAGUGGACCAAACAGAAGAACAACGUAAAACCGGGUAUGAUUGUUGUGCUAAAGGAUGACAAUUUGCCCCCGCAAUGCUGGAAAUUGGGGAUAGUGGAGACAGUGCAUCCUGGAACAGAUAACCUGCCGCAACAUCAGAUUAAGAAGACCAAUCUUGCAUCACACGAGGCUCCGCCCAUCAAAAUUAUCCACACCGAAAGCCCACCCGUUCCAGCGUCACCGGCAGCUUUUCGUAUACAUAUACGGAGGCACGACAGCAAGAUGGCGUUCAGUUUUCAUUCGACCACGGGAGCGACAGCAGGACGAGCAGCAAGCGAACAUCAAAGCAUCGAGACCAACGGAGUGAGCCGAGCGCGAGCGAGACGGCUUGAUCGCAAGCUGGCUGCCGACCGGGUACUAACGAGGCCGCGACGAGCCGAGUAG